AUGAACCCAUCAGCGGAAUUUGUAGAGCAAGGAAUAUCUCCACAGAUUGCAAAGAGGGCAUCCUGCCUGAGCGUGAUCACAUUGGCUUAUCAAAGUCUCGGAGUAGUUUAUGGUGACCUUAGUACAUCCCCUCUCUACGUUUACAAGACCACUUUCUCUGGGAAGUUGAGUCUUCAUGAGGAUGACGAGGAAAUUUAUGGAGUGCUUUCCUUUAUCUUUUGGACAUUUACUCUCAUUGCUCUUGUCAAAUACAUUUUCUUUGUCAUGUCAGCUGAUGACAAUGGUGAAGGUGGUACCUUUGCUUUGUACUCUCUUCUUUGCCGACAUGCAAAACUAAGCAUUUUACCAAAUCAACACGCCACAGAUGAAAAGCUGUCUACCUAUGCAACAGAAGCAUCUGCAGACACAUGGCAGAGUUCUACUCUGAAGUCAUUCUUUGAGAAGCAUCCAAGAUGUCACAAAGUGCUGUUGAUUUUUGUUCUUCUGGGGACCUGUAUGGCAAUUGGUGAUGGCGUACUCACUCCUACAAUAUCAGUCCUUUCAGCUGUUUCAGGGGUCAAAGUUAAGAUCUCCGGUCUCCAUGAUAAUUAUGUCGUUAUAAUCUCGUGUGUCAUACUGGUGGGGCUUUUCUCUCUUCAGCAUUAUGGAACAAACAGAGUUGCUUUCAUGUUUGCUCCUAUUGUCACAGCAUGGCUUCUGUGUAUUAGUAGCAUUGGAAUAUACAACAUAUUCCGGUGGAAUCGACAUGUAUUUUGUGUGAUAUCUCCCAUUUACAUGCUGAAGUUUCUUAAAAAUACUGGCAUUGAGGGAUGGGUGUCGCUAGGUGGAGUUGUCCUUUCAAUUACAGGAGUGGAGACGAUGUUUGCAGACUUGGGCCAUUUUUCAUCAUCAUCAAUAAAGGUUGCCUUCACAUGUCUGGUAUAUCCCUGUUUAAUUCUUGCAUAUAUGGGUGAGGCUGCAUUCCUUUCCAAGCAUCAUGAAGAUAUCCAAAGAAGCUUCUACAAAGCUAUACCAGAAUCUGUGUUUUGGCCAGUGUUCAUAGUGGCAACGUUUGCAGCUGUGGUAGGAAGUCAGGCUGUAAUAUCAGCUACAUUUUCCAUGAUAAGCCAGUGUUGUGCCCUGAAUUGCUUUCCUCGUGUGAAAAUUGUUCAUACUUCAAGUAAAAUAUAUGGGCAGAUAUACAUUCCAGAGGUCAAUUGGAUGUUAAUGUGCCUUUGUUUGGCUGUGACAAUUGGAUUGAGGGACACUAACAUGAUGGGCCAUGCAUAUGGGCUGGCUGUCACUACUGUUAUGUUCGUGACAACUUGCUUGAUGGCACUGGUGAUGAUAAUUGUGUGGAAGAAAAAAAUAAUUAGUGCAGUUGCUUUCUUAAUAUUUUUUGGUUCAAUUGAACUGCUUUACAUUUCAGCAUCGGUUUACAAGGUGCCAGAAGGUGGUUGGAUUCCCCUUGUGCUGUCUUUGAUCUUUAUGGCUGUAAUGUACAUAUGGAACUAUGGAACAAUGAAGAAACACCAAUUUGAUGUGGAGAACAAGGUUUCAAUGAAUAGGAUAGUGUCACUAGGACCUAGCCUGGGCAUGGUCCGUGUUCCAGGAAUAGGGCUUGUUUACUCCAACCUGGCUAUUGGAGUGCCUGCUGUUUUUGGACACUUUGUCACAAACCUGCCUGCAUUCCAUCAGGUGCUAGUUUUUGUCUGUGUUAAAUCUGUUCAAGUUCCUCAUGUCAGUGAAAAUGAACGGCUCCUCAUCAGUAGGGUUGGCCCGAAGGAGUAUGGCAUGUUUCGGUGCAUUGUAAGGUAUGGUUACAAAGAUCUACAACAGGAAAACUAUGAUUUUGAGAACAGAUUGGUAUCUGGAAUAGUUCAGUUUGUAGAAACAGAAGAAGAAAAUGCAUCAGAACUGACAAGUGAAUCAUUUAGGGAAUUUGAAAACUCGGCUUUUAAAGGCUUUGUUGCUUCAGAGCACCCUUAUACAAACUCAAGUCACAAGGUGCAAUCUUCAUGUGAUAUUCAAGCAGAAGUGGCUGAAACUGGUAUUGGAUGUCUGGAAAAUACUCAACUUAAACACGAAUCAUUUCAAAUACUGAAAGCUAAGGAGUCUGGUGUCGCUUACAUUCUCGGGCAUUCUCAUGCCAAGGCAAAGAAAUCAUCCUCCAUUAUCAAGAAAUUUGCAAUCAAUGUGGUAUAUGCUUUUCUGAGCAAGAAUUCUAGAGAACCUGAUGUUGUUCUUAAUGUGCCUCACACCUCUUUGCUCGAGGUUGGCAUGAUAUAUUAUGUCUAA